AUGGAAGUGGAUCGUGUGGAGGUCCGUUUAUUGUUCUUUGCCAAGGCUCGAGAAUUAAUGGAAUGUGAGGAAAUGCUGGUCUGCUUACCCAAAAGCACUACGUAUAAAGCACUCAAGCGCUCGAUUUUUUAUGAGAUGUGCACUGAGCUCGCCAGCAUUGAAUACGCAUGCGCUUUGGCUGUCGAUCUUAAGUACGUUCACGACGGUGAUGAGAUCUACCUACUUCAGAGCAGUCAGAUUGCUGUGAUACCACCUCUUUGCGCAGGAUAA